UACUUGCUGAGCAACAUGGGAGACCUGGAGUCGGGUUUUGAAGAGAUGCAGGGUGUAAAGCUGGGCUAUCUGGUGAUUAAAGGCAAGCAAAUGUUUGCCCUCUCGCAAGUCUUCACUGACCUCUUGAAAAAUAUCCCAAGGACUACUGUGCACAAACGAAUGGAUCACUUAAAUGUAAAGAAGCAUCACUGUGAUUUAGAGGAACUGCGAAAGCUCAAAGCAAUACAUUCAAUAGCUUUCCAUGCGGCUAAAUGCACUCUGAUUUCACGAGAGGAUGUGGAGGCACUGUAUUUUUCUUGCAAAACUGAGCGUGUGCUGAAAUCCAACAAAAGGAAGGUAAAAAUAAAGCCGCCGGAUGAUGUACGUGUUGGCCAGGUUCACGAGGAGUCGCAGGAUGGAUUUUGGAAAGACAAAGUUUGGUUAAGUUUGCAUGGCGUUCCACAGACUUUUUCAUUUAAAAACAAAGCUGGCCGGCAAGAGGCUGCGACCCGACCCGACUCCAAUCUACCUCAAAUUUACAGCAAAACCCUUCGUCAUAACUUCCAAGCUGUCACGAAGUCGGCAUGUAAAACGCUCAAAAACUAUGAAACAACUCAAUUACCGAGCAACUAUGUAGCCUAUAAUCAGAGACACUCGUUUAUUCGGAAUGCUGUGAGCCGACAGCCUGUUCUUUAUCAGUCCGCCAUUGCAGCUCAGUCCAAGCUCGCAGGCACCACCGACCUACUUUACAGAAGGAAAAGGAAGCGUGAGAGCACCGGGAGGCAGUUCUGGAAUAGGAGCAGACCCAGUCACCAGCUUUUGUUUGUUCCGAAGUGCUGCAAGACGAAAAUACCUAACGGAUCUUUUCACCUUGAUCACGACUUAUACCUCGACCACCAGCACACUGGGAAUUUUCAGGAGAGUUGCAGCAGCGACACGGAAUCUAGUUCCUUCUCGGAGCGCGUUAACAAUGACUCGGAUUUUGGGUCAAGUUUGUCCACUACGAGCAACUCCGGAACUUCAGAUGAGGAGGAGGACGAAUCCCUCUCGGAGUCUUCGGAUGUCAGUUCCGAUGAGGAGAGUUCGUCCCAGUCUGAUUCAAGUUCUGUGUCCAGCCAAGUGUCCAUACAGAGCAUUCGUUUCAGGCGUGCAAGAUUUACGAGUCUCAACACUAAAGCACCUUUGCUUUUGCAGCCGACUUUCCAGUACAAUCUCCAGCAGAGACCAGGCCCCCACAGUGGAACAACCGCACCGAAUGAUGACAAAGGCAAAAAACAGCAGAAAUGUGGCUUUACCAAAUGCAGGAAUAACCACGAGGAUAGCGAUGUCUUGAAUUUGUCUAAAUUCAACACGUCUGUUGCCGCAAGCUAUUUCAUAGAUUCUAAAGGAGACGGAGUUUCCAACACACCACUACAGUUUGAAUUCCCAAAUGAUCCAAAGACGGAGGACCUUGCAGCUAACGGAGUUAAAGAUACAGGCCCAUCUUGCGUAAAUGGAAACAAAGCAUUUCUACAACAAAGGACAUCAGGACAUACAAACAAAUGCCCUCAAGCCUUGAUUUCACACCGUGCCCAAGACAAGGAAACAAUAGUUUCGACGUCCUCUGAAAACAAUCUUUCAUUAGCCUCCCAUUUCAAAAGAGAAGUGAAAAAUAGCCACUGCCCGAAACAACCCUCACCUCUGAAAGCCAUCAAAACAGAGGCGGGGGAUCCCAUCUCGGCCACAAGUUACAGCAACGACACCAGACUGGUGAAAACACCAACCACUUUAUUGAAUAAUGUGAAAAUCAAAGUGGAAAAUACAUAUGACGAGUACGAAUUUGCGACUCAGGGCUAUGCGUACUCUGCCAAAGGAAAAGAAUCAGACAUAAACAACAGUCAAGACCUCACCAAUGAGUUAAAACGAACCGACUGGUCAAGUAACUUCUCUAAAGCUAGCGAAAGCACUGCCACUAUUCACAGGAAGACCCGUAGUAACCUAGAGGCAGAAAGCACUUUAAAUACUGCUUGUCCCGUGGAAGGGGAGUACAAAAAUGGUGCUCGAGUUCGGAAAAACUACAGGAGUUUGGCGCUGGGAAGUAAAGCUGAAGCUUCAAGGAUUCAGGCGAGGGUGAACGCAAGAGUUGACAGGAGUCCUCGUCCAGCAGCUAAAGUCGACAGUAAUGAAGGAUCAGGCGAGGGUUGCACGGGGACGAAUAAGCGCAAACGUGCAACCAGUAAUGGGGCAUCUGUGAAAAAACCCUUCAACUUCAUGGCGAAUUUUCCAUUUCCGCCGUCACUCGUUCUUGGGAGUGAUGGAGAUUUGACUCCAGCUUACUCUUUGAACUCUUUAAGAAACAACGAACUGCCUCACAAGUCUCACCCUGUUUGGACAUGGCAGCUUGGUGAAUCUGUCGUACCUCCCCCACCCAGUCAGAGAUUCAGGAAAUGUUAAUGUAACACGCUCUCAUCUCGUGAAAAUGUGCUUUGUUUAUUUAUGACAGCGUCUUAAAUUUUGUGCACUGAUGAGCCUCCUUCAUACCACAUUCAUUAUUACCUCCACCAGGGAGUUUGUUUUCAUUGCCGUUUGAUUGUCUGUUUGUCUGUCUGUCAUCAGAGUUACGCAAAAACUAACCAGCCGAUUUUCAUUAAACUUGGUGGAGGUGUGUAGCAUGGGCCAUGGAAGAACCCAUUACAUUUUGGAGCGGAUCCGUUUCACUUUCUUAAAUACUGCGAGGUAGGGCGUACUGGCCUUGGCUGAGGUCUGCGCUCUCCAAGUGCCCUUCUAGUUUGCAUUUGCUUCUGAGGAUAAGCAUGGCAAGUUGUCAUGGAACUUAAGGUGCACAUUAUGCUUGGAGUUGGGCUUCUGAGCGUUUUGGUCUUAUCAUUGGACUGAAUGAGACACGCUCCAGGAGUAUUUUCUGAACAGACGCAAGAGAAUACGAAGCUAUUCCCUCAAGCAAUAGCUGUGGUAUUGCAAACGUUUUUUUUCUUCUUUGUGGACCUAUUGUUCUUGCCACGGUGCUCAACCUGUUGGAUUUUAGGUUGUCAUUGUUAAUAUGAAGUAAACCUUGAGUUAUUUACAGUUGUGGGAAAAGCCUCUUGAAACCAAUGGAUUUCUCAUUGUUCCAGCAUCGGCUGGGCAUCGACACACUGUUGGAAUUGAUAAUCAAAAGGACUGACUGUUGACGUGGAUAUGUCCUUUGAUUUUUGCAGGGGUGUGAACAUUAUCUUUUGUUUGGAGGUUUUUUAAUUAAGUGCUUGGGUUUGACAUGGGUUGUCGAUGUGCUAUGUUUUCUGUUUAAAGAAAUCCCCAUAACCUUGUGUGUUUGUACAGGCCCGAGCACAGGCAUCACAACACGUAUGUGGGCCUCAGUACCGACAAUCAGGAGUUGUUUGAUUUGCACGAACGCAUACAAGGGAAACAGACACCAAAUCGAUGUAUUUUGAGCACACACAUUAGGAUUAUACAGACAAACACAAGAGCACAAAUUCACCACGUAUUGCACUUUGACACAAUACUGAGGCCUACAUCAAGUGUACGAAUUUUAUAAGAGAAAUGAUAUGAAACGCAUUUCUCCUAUAACAAUAGCAGGUAUAAAGUGCCCAUUAAACUGGCUGAAUUAAGAUCAGUUUUUAUCCAUCUAGCCCGUUUUCUGCUAUUGAAAGGGUUAUGAAUUCAUCAAUACUGUGUUUAUUGUUCUAGGCUGGUUAUGAGCUACAGACCAGCAACAGCACAAACAUGAAUUCUUUGAGCAAAAUAUUCUGUACAUUGUGUAAUAUACCUUUGUGAAUUAUGGGUUGGAAAAUCCCAUAAUCACACGGGUGAUUAUGCCCAGCUGAGAUUGUAUUCGUUCUGACCCACUAUUCAAGUGCUAUUUUUAAUUGCUAAGGCUACCCUUGGAGGGUAAGUCAUUGGAUAUCAAAGAGAUACGAAUUGUGUUUUUGUGUGCCAAUGUAAUGAUAUGUUUUCUGUUAAUUCAGAGCCAUCACUGACACAAGUAAAAUGGCCACUGUGGAUGCUGUCAUGAAUGUACUUCAGCACACCAAUAUGCAUCUAAGCUUACCAUAGCAACGUAAAGCUAAAGGGUUGCUACAAAUGUUCACAGCUCAUCUCCUGAACGAGAAUGGCAGCGUUGAAAUUCUGCUGAAAUUCAGUCAUUGUCCCAGACAUACAGAGAGUUCAUUCAGAGGCCAAUUUUGUGUAGGCUGUAGAGCUUGCCCCACACCAAACUAGGCUUCACGUGUCUUGGUUUAAAGGAAAAAGAGCAGGGGAUUUUGUACAGACAGCACACCCCCAGACUGUUAAAUGUAGGUUGUCGGCCUACACAUAAAGAGCCUCAUGAUACAUGUAUUUUUGUAUUUCAAAUGUGGAUGUCUAAAGCCCCGCGAUAGCAAAUUUGUAAGAAGUUCAACUCUGCCUUGUAGAUUGUUUGUAUGGGGCUAAGCAAAAUAGCACCACACUACACAGACCAAUUUGAUAGGUGAAAAGAAGGUGUUCUCAAAAAAACAAAAAAAACACGUCCCUCGCACGCAUUUACGUUACACCAGUUUAGCAAGGAACCUUUCACCCGUAAUCCCCGUGUCAAAGUGCACUGCGAGGCCAGGGAAUGUAGCGUUGCAAUCGGGGUGCAGCACAAUGUAUCUCAACGGAAGGAUCGCCAAAUUACAUGCCGUGUAGAAUUUAGCACAGAUUAAGGGAAAUGGGCAUAGGCUCCAUAGCAUUUUGUGAGGGUCCUAACAUGAACACGAGGAGUGAGGAGUUGCGGUAAACACGAGUGGUGUCGAUGCAGAUUCAUAUGUGAACGUCUUUCCUUUGUACAUUUUUUAAUAAUACUUGAGGUCAAAUAAUGACAUGGAUUUUGAAGUCACUGGUUGUUUAUAUGAAAACCUGAAUAUUUAUUUUCGUGAUUUUCUUUCUUUCUUUGAUAGGCCUACCAUUGUUGUUUAGAAUAACGCACUCGAAAUGAAAACUUGAAUGGUGGAUUCUGAAGCACUUUCUAUUUCUUUUUUGAGCUAAGAAUUAUUAAACGCAUUUGGGUGUA